AUGAGCAGCGGCAGCGCCGGCCCCUCCCGGGCCCGGACCAGCUCCUUCGCCGACGCCGCCGCGGGCGGGGCCCCCCCCGGCCCCGGAGCCCCCGCCCCGCCCGGACCCCCCCCGGGGGCCGCGCCGGGCGCCAAGGCGGGGGCGGCGGGGCCCGGGCCGGGGGGGGGCGGCGGGACCGGGCCCUUCCCGCCGGGCCUGAAACUCGGCCGGGACAGCGGGAAGGUGAGCACGGUGGUGGCCACGCCCGGCCAGGGCCCGGAGCGCCCCCAGGAGGUCUCCUACUCGGAUAUCAAGGUCAUCGGGAACGGCUCCUUCGGCGUGGUCUAUCAGGCCCGCCUGGCCACCUCCGGGGAGCUGGUGGCCAUCAAGAAAGUGCUGCAGGACAAGCGCUUCAAGAACCGGGAGCUGCAGAUCAUGCGCAAGCUGGAUCACUGCAACAUCGUGCGGCUGCGCUACUUCUUCUACUCCAGCGGGGAGAAGAAGGACGAGGUGUACCUGAACCUGGUGCUGGACUUCGUGCCCGAGACGGUGUACCGCGUGGCACGCCACUUCACCAAGGCCAAGCAGCCCAUCCCCGUCAUCUACGUCAAGGUGUACAUGUACCAGCUCUUCCGCAGCCUGGCCUACAUCCAUUCCCAGGGGGUCUGUCACCGCGACAUCAAGCCCCAGAACCUGCUGGUGGACCCCGACACCGCCGUGCUCAAGCUGUGCGACUUCGGCAGUGCCAAGCAGCUGGUGCAGGGCGAACCCAACGUCUCCUACAUCUGCUCCCGCUAUUACCGCGCCCCUGAGCUCAUCUUCGGGGCCACCGACUACACGUCCAACAUAGAUAUCUGGUCAGCGGGCUGCGUCCUGGCUGAGCUGCUGCUCGGUCAGCCCAUCUUCCCCGGGGACAGCGGAGUGGACCAGCUGGUGGAAAUCAUCAAGGUGCUGGGGACGCCGACGCGGGAGCAGAUCCGGGAGAUGAACCCCAACUACACAGAGUUCAAGUUUCCCCAGAUCAAAGCACAUCCCUGGCUAAAGGUGUUCAAGCCGCGGACCCCGCUGGAGGCCGUCUCGCUGUGCAGCCGCCUGCUGGAGUACACGCCUGCCACCCGCCUCUCCCCGCUGGAGGCCUGCGCCAACGCCUUCUUCGACGAGCUGCGGGAACCCAGCGCCCGCCUGCCCAGCGGGCGCGACCUGCCCCCCCUCUUCAACUUCAGCGCUGUGGAACUGGCCAUCCAGCCCUCGCUCAACACCUCCCUCAUCCCACCCCACCUACGGGCGCAGAGCACCUUGCUGGGGUGCGCGCCCGGCCCCCCUGCCACACACGGCGCUGACCGGAGCCAGCCAACGCCGGGGGACGGCGCGGGACCCAUCGCCAACGCGUCCUGAGGGGCUGGGCUGGGGGGCAGGCCCCCUCCCCACCCCAUGGACUUGUCUGAACUGUGAACUGGGUGGGGGCGGUGCCCACGGACCACACGGAACCUGCUUCCCAUUGGCUGGGGGGCAGCCAGGCACAGGCGACGCUGCCCCUUGCUAACCCACCAGGCCUCAGUGUGGGGGCGCUGGUCAUGCUGCUUUCGCAGCCCCAUCUCUGGAAGGGGCUGGGGGCCGGGGGGCUCAGGCCCCCUGGAUUUUAAGUUGCUUUUGGUUUUUAACAUCCCACCCCACUGCCCCCCUCCUCUCCUAUGCUGCUGUCCUGCAUGGGGUGCAGGGCCUGGCCCCCCCCAGGGGAGAGGGGUGCCCCUUCCCCUGUGCUGUGGGGCUAGGGGGGGAUCCUGCAGUGGGUCAGGAGUGGCUGGACAUGGGGUGUCCCCCAGGCAUUCCCCCCAAAAGCCCCAUGAUCAAGGCUCUCUCCUUGGUGGGACGGGCACAGCUCUGUGGGGGGGAGUUUUUAUUUCCCCUCCUGCCUGCCCCCCCUGUAAAUACCCCUCCCCGUAAACCAGUUUCUUUUACCGAGCGCUGUGUACAUAGAGGAGUUUUUCUUAAUCUGAGUGCCCCCCCGCCCCCCCCAAUGUGUGUUAGUUUCUCUUACGUUCUGGCUCUGUACAGGCACCCGGUUCAAUAAAUUAUUGGCAUGAAA